CGUUCCCCGUCCGCGGCGGCCCUGCAGACGACCCCGCGUCCCCACCGGCGGGAGCUCGCGGAGGAGCGGGCGGCGGCGCUGCUGCUGGCGGCGGCCGGCUGGAUGCGAGACCCGCGCAGACCCCGCGGCGGACGGCGGCUUUCGGCUCGGGAGAGCGGAUCGUCGCGGAGCGCAGGAGCCCGGUCGCGCUGACCAUGGCCUCCAACUUUAACGACAUAGUCAAGCAGGGCUACGUGAAGAUCCGCAGCAGGAAGCUGGGGAUUUUCAGAAGAUGCUGGUUGGUUUUCAAGAAGGCUUCUAGCAAAGGACCCAGAAGGUUAGAAAAAUUUCCAGAUGAAAAGGCAGCUUAUUUCAGAAACUUUCAUAAGGUAACUGAACUGCACAAUAUCAAAAAUAUAACCAGACUGCCCCGAGAGACAAAAAAACAUGCAGUGGCAAUUAUCUUUCAUGAUGAAACAUCGAAGACAUUUGCCUGCGAAUCGGAGCUGGAGGCUGAGGAGUGGUGCAAGCACCUCUGCAUGGAGUGUCUGGGGACCAGGCUCAAUGACAUCAGCCUUGGGGAGCCCGACCUUCUGGCGGCAGGAGUGCAGCGGGAACAGAAUGAGCGAUUCAACGUGUAUCUUAUGCCUACGCCAAAUCUGGAUAUUUAUGGUGAAUGCACAAUGCAGAUCACUCAUGAAAAUAUCUAUCUCUGGGAUAUCCACAAUGCCAAGGUCAAACUGGUGAUGUGGCCUCUCAGCUCACUGAGGAGAUAUGGUCGGGACUCAACAUGGUUCACGUUUGAGUCAGGAAGAAUGUGCGACACAGGAGAAGGACUAUUCACUUUUCAAACAAGGGAAGGAGAAAUGAUCUAUCAGAAGGUCCAUUCUGCGACACUGGCCAUAGCUGAGCAACAUGAAAGAUUAAUGCUAGAGAUGGAGCAGAAGGCCCGGCUUCAGACAAGCUUGACUGAACCAAUGACAUUAUCCAAAUCAAUAUCUCUUCCUCGCAGCGCAUACUGGCAUCACAUCACCCGUCAGAACAGCGUUGGUGAAAUCUACAGUUUGCAAGGACAUGGGUUUGGUGCGUCAAAGAUGUCUCGUGCACAGACAUUUCCCAGCUAUGCCCCAGAGCAGAGUGAAGAGGCCCAGCAGCCCUUGUCACGGUCCAGCAGCUACGGAUUCAGCUACAGCUCUAGCCUCAUCCAAUGACACAGAGAGCCGCUGCUGACCAGAGAGACAGUCUGUCCUGAACCCGUCGGUGGGGUCAUUGCACCCUCUGCCUCCUGGAAGAGCAAUUGCAGUACAAAUUGAAAUGGGUCGGGUCUAGCCCCAGUCCCAUUGGAAGGUUAAAAACUGGAGUUCUGCUUCCUUGAUUCAGUGGCUAAGUCCUUUAUUUAUUGAAUUUCUUUGGGGGAAUCUAUGUUUUACAUAAAUAGAAUCCAAAUCCUAUGAAGUUAUUUAAAUAAACAAAAUUCUUUGGGUCUGACAGUA